AUGGCAAACACACAAUCUAAAAUUAAUUUAUUAGAAGAACAAAAUUCCAAGCUUGUAGCCGAGAUUACUGAACUUAGAAAAAAGUAUUCUGAGAUCGAGGCUGAGAAUAUCGAAUUAAAACAAACUUUGAAAGAUUAUGAAGUUAGAUUUGUGAAUCUAGAGCAGAAUGAUAAAGAAAAGACUAUCCAUAUUGCAAAGUUAGGUGAUGAAAUUAAGGAAAUUAAACAAUCUUCUGUUAAUACCAUUCCUACCAAAAUGGCAAAUUCUGAUAUUUCUGGACAGGUAAUCUCACAAAAUAAGGAUGUUCCGGCAUCGGAUAUAACUGAUAACGCUUCAAUUUCUGAUGAACUCAAUAAUGCUCCAAAUUCUGAUGUAUCUUUUGAAGAUAAAGAGAUCAAAUUUCUGGAACAGAAUGUUUCAGAAGAACCUAUUAGUCAAACACAAAGUACCAUUUCCUCUGAAAUAAAAAUUCCCUAUAAUCAGAAAGUAGAACAAGGUUUAAUACAUGAGUUAUUUGAAUUUAUUAGAGGCACUGAUUUCAUGUCCUUACAAGAGCUAAAGAAAACUCUGUUGAAUUCUAUCUUCAUUAAACAAAUUUCGGACAUUCCUGUUGAUAUCGAUCUACCCCAGGUUCCUGAGGAAUAUGAAAAAAAAGUUUCAAAUCUUAGUUCAGAAAAGAAUAUUAGUGAUCAAAUGUCAAGAACGCAAAUCUAUGAUGAAAUGAUGCAGUAUUUACCUGGAAUCAAGAGAGAAUAUUUGCAUAAGAUGACUCAAAAGGCCAGAACUAUCUAUACAUUAUUUAAUGGGAUAGGAAAAGAUAAAAUUGAGUACAUUACAUAUAGUGUUGAUGCUAUUUCUAGUUUAACCAGUACACAAAUUCAAAAUAUUAUAAAUCUUUAUACUGAAGAAUUAGAUGCAAAAGUUUCACUGUCUGAAUCUCAAAAAUUGAUUGGCAUGAAGAAUUCUUCACAUGCACAUGACCAAUCAAAAUCUGAUAUAGAAACUAAAGUAUGCAAAGAAAUUUUAUCAGAAACAAAGGUAAGUCUUCCAACCACUUCCUCUAUCCAAUCAUCUCAUACCUCUAAUUCAGAAGAUAAGAUAAAUGAAGAUGUUAAAUCUUUACCAGAGACUAAGGUAAAUACUUCAGCUAAUUCAACCCAUGACUGCUCCUAUUUCUGCAACAAAAUAUUGGAGCAAUAUCCUGACCUAUAUUAUGAAUUCAGUAGUGAAAAUGUUGAUUAUUACGGAAUUACUGCUGAGACAUUAUGUCCAUUAUGUGAAUUAAAUCAUGAGGAAGGUGUAGAAGGCAGAUAUGAAACUGGGUCUUAUUAUAUUAAAUGCGAGCAACAUGAAAUUGAAAUAACUGCAUAA